AUGAUCAGCCCCCCCGUUUCGUACGACCAGUCCCCGGCGGCCAUCUUUCCCGAGGACGAAGAUGCCUUCUGGCAGCUCUUCGACGGCUCCAUGGCGGACAUGAAGUUUGACGGUGCGCGCUCGGAGAGCGAGUGCCCACGCACGCUCGAGUCCUUCCUCGCGGCGUACGCGACGCCGGCGCCGUCGUCCGGCGCACCCGCCACGCCGCAAGUCACGCCGACGCUGCCGCCCGCGGCCGCCUUCCCGACCCCGUUCACGCCGGCGCCCGCGUUCUUCUCCGCCUCCCCCGAGGCGGGGAAGCAGCCGUCGGGCGGCCGCGAACUCAAGCGCCAGCGCAAUACCGAGGCGAGCGCUCGCUUCCGCCUCCGCAAGAAACAGCGCGAGAACGAGCUCGAGUCCCAUGCCAAACACCUCGAAGACGAGGUCGUAGCGCUGCGGGCAGAAAAGUCGGCGCUCGAGCGCCAAGUCAAAGUCCUGCUCGAGGUGCUGGGCAACGUCGGCCGCGAGCGCCGCGCCGACGAGGGCGAGGAAGCACCCACACCGCCUCCGCAGUAGUUCUCUCCAUCUUCUCUCCAUCUCACAUUUCACUUUCUCACCGGCCUGCGGCCGGCGCCAGGUUCGCUCAUAGAAUAGAUACAAGGACAAUGAUGUAUGUAUUACUAGG